AUGGGUCGUGCGAAAGUGAAGUUGGAACUCAUUGCAAAGGAAAGAUCUCGCAACACCACUUUCCAGAAGAGAAAAAAGGGUUUAAAGAAGAAAACCAACGAGUUCUCCACACUUUGUGAUGUUGAUGCCUGCUUGAUCAUCUUUGGGCCCAAGCAAGAAGGACGAGGGAAUCGACACAUAGGCAUUCCUGAAUUCUAUGAAGACCAAAUUAAGAAGCUUCGUAGAGAGUUGAACGAGUUGCGGCAACACAAUGGCAAAACUCAGUACCCCACGUGGGACAACCGUCUAGAUAAUCUCUCUGUGGACCAGCUCAAACACCUUGCUGCAUCGUUGGAUUCAAAGAUUGAAUUUGUGAAGGCUAUGAUUGAUCUUAAUGAAAGAAAUCACUAUGUCUUGCAUGAUGCCACAGGGUUGAUAGAAUACUCUGUCCCACCAAUGAAUCAAAACCCUCCUCCUUUUCCUCUUCUUCCUUAUAGGGAUUCUUAUAAUAGGAGUACAAUGGAUGACAUGCAGAUGCACAUGAACCCUCACCACCAGCCUAUUGUGCUUUGGAUCAAUCUCUUGUGA